ACUCUAGUUGAUGGUUUUUGAAUUUAUCAUUUUAUUGUUGAGCACUUGAACAUUGGCUCUUCUUAAAUUGAUUCUCUUUCAACAGCUGCAGUAGUUUUUUACUAUAAGCACUUGUAUGUUGUUACAGAAAGAGAUUGAAGGAGGCUCUUGUUGACUCUUGGAGAGGAGCAUCACCAGGAUUCAGCUGUGUGUCUAUGAAGAGUAACAACUCCAUGUAUCUGCCCCCUUAUCUCAGACCUGCUGUGACCUCUGACCCUGUAAAGAGAUUGAAGGAGGCUCCUGUUGACACUCAGAGAGCAGCAUCUCCAGGAUUUAACUGUGUGUCUGUGAAGAGUAACAACUCCAUGUAUCUGCCCCCUUAUCUCAGUGAUGGACCUGCUGUGACCUUUGACCCUGUAAAGAGAUUGAAGAAAGCUCCUGAUGACACUCAUAGAGCAACAUCUCCAGGAUUCAGCUGCGUGUCUAUGAAGAGUAACAACUCCAUGUAUCUGCCCCCUUAUCUCAGUGAUGGACCUGCUGUGACCUUUGACCCUGUUAUCAUCAGCAGGAAAAGAAAGAGAGCAGCUUCUCCACUGCAGCCCCCUGAUCUCAGUGAUGAAUCAAUGCCCUUUGAUCCUGCUGGUGGGAGAGCUGACCAGAUCAGAUCUGUGUCCUGUCAGACCUUCACAUCCUCCUACAGUCAGAACCACUUCAAUCAUCAUGACACAGAAGCAGCCCUGCAGCUCGAUUAUCACCCACCAGUGUAUGAUGAUCUGAAGAGAGUCAAAGACCGGCACAAGACCAGCAUGAAGAACAAGUAUGAGAGCUUAUUUGAGGGAGUCAAACUACAAGAGAAUCAGACACUCCUGAACAGGAUUUACACACAGCUGUACAUCAUAGAGGGAGAGAGUGAAGUAGUGAAUGAAGAACAUGAGGUGCUACAGAUGGAGAAAAGUUACAGAACACUCCAAGACACACUCCAAUCAACUGAGAUCUGCUUCCCUCUGCUCUCAUCUGGAUCACCACCAGACCAGCAGCACACCAAUCAGAUCCCCUCUAACUACAUCAACCGUGUGACAGAGAUUCAGGGAUUCAAUGAUCCUCAGAAGGAGGAAUAUUUCAGGAAGAGAAAUCAGUGA